AUGCGACUCGUUCUCGUGAUAUUCCUACAUUUAUAUGCGAGUCUAAGUUGCUGUACAACUACAGCUCCUCCUCCAACGACAUUUGAUAGCAGCCGAAACCCGCCCCGUGCUCCGGUGACACAGUCUAUACCUCCUGCGGCUCCCCCGAAUUUCUAUGCAUGCUUCAGUGGCUCUUCAGGUCCCAGUGUCCUGUACUGCGAGCCUGGCCGAAUCUUUACCUCGAGAGAUCAAUGGGCGGGCUGCUAUGACGUGGAUAUAGGGUGGUAUUACUACACCGCAUGCUCAAGUGGUUCCAUGAGGGGAUUUGACGGUACAUCGACAUGGAUCUGUCCCUCUACGGCCAAGAAUUGUGGCCUUCGCGAAGUUGAAGUCGAUGGUGGCCAGAGCACCCUCUCUGAAUACAUUUGUGCUCCUAGAGAAAAGAAAGAGCUCAAGAGUUCCGAGGGUUUCAUUCAGAAAGCUGAUGACAAAUAUAGUGGCCUUAACGGCGCAAGGAUCUCCUUCGGGGUUCGUGACGUCUGUAUCGUCUCCCUCCACCCUAAAAUUGGUCCCAACCACAACGAGUACGUUGCUCUCUCGCACGUCUUUGAGCACGAACCAGCCGAGUACAGAACAGAGUGGGAUGCAACCUGA